CCAUAGCAGCGUGACGCCUUUCUCCUGGGCAAUUGCUCUCUAUCUGAAAGGCCAUUCGCUCGUUUUGUUGCAUUCGAUGGCUGAACCAUGUCGAGACCAAGCAUUCGAACCGUCCCACUGGAAAAUGCCCGACCCACACGAAGACGCGACGACUUAUGAGUCUGACGAUAAGAAUGGCAUUGCAACCCAGGAUUUAUCCUCAGGUUCUGCCAACAGCGACGGCAAACAGUCCCACGAAAACAUGGACGGCACUCCAGACGACAUCGACCCCACUAACAGCGGAGGCUCACCCAUCCUUCCCCGCGAUCGACAACGACGAACAGCUACCUACGAUUAUGCGUACGAGAAGUCCGUGAGCCAUGCAGAAGCCAAGCUGUUCUACCAGCGUCACCAGUUGGCAUACCGACCAGCUGAAGGAGACACACCUCAAAGCCCUUCUUUACCAUCAAGGGCGUCAGGAGCUCCCCCGUCGAACUCCUUCGAGCUUGAUUCUCCUACCCGAACUGCAAGUGCCGCGUCCCGCCUGAGCAACCAAGGCGAGUUCCUCCCACCACCUUCUCAGCACAUAACGUCCACCCCGCUUGCAACGACUACCCUUCGCAGAAAUAGCCUAGCUGCUGCAAAUCAAUCUGCCCGAGGGUACUCGCUACACCAUGCACCUCUCCAUGAAAACGAAUCGCGUUUGCUUGCGUCGCAAGGAAUACAUGGUGCUGGGGCAGGAUUUGGGGUUGGACAAGGAGCCGGUGGCUUCGUCGCCAAUGAUGAUGCAAUCACGGCUGAAUUGGGCGUGAUAUGCCACAAGAUUCAGUCUUUGCUAGAUACCCGCCGUAAGUAUAUCAAGCUGUCGAUGCAACGGUCCGAGGAUAACCCGCGAGACGACCCGAGUUGGAUUAUCUACCCUCCACCACCAGAGCCCGCUUGGGGAGACUAUGGCGAGCCAACGGGCGCAAAUAGUAUGGCGAACAGCAUGGUGAUUCCUACCGAGAAUGAUGGAGUUGAGAAUGAUGGCAUACCUCCUUCGCCAGCACGCAAGAGAAGAAAGCCGGGACAGAAUAUUGGCGAGGAUUUUGACAUGGAUGACCUUCUACCUUUACCGGAAGCGUCAUCUAUGGUUUUUAAAUUGGAUGAGAGCAGCGUUUAUCAGGUCUAUGAUACCAAAGAGGCCUGUGAACUGAGCCAGCCAAUAGUUCAAGUCCCGUCGUUGAGGGACUUCUACAUGGAUCUGGACACAAUCAUUGACGUUUCAACCGAUGGCCCUAUCAAGUCGUUUGCAUUUAAACGACUCUCAUAUCUGGAAGGGAAAUUUCAGCUACAUGCGCUGUUGAAUGAGUACCAGGAGAUCGCGGACAGCAAGAAGGUCCCUCACAGGGACUUUUAUAACGUCCGAAAGGUGGACACUCACGUUCAUCAUUCAGCAUGCAUGAAUCAGAAGCAUCUUUUGCGGUUCAUCAAGAGUAAAAUGAAGAAAUCGCCCGAUGAAGUCGUCUUGUUUAGAGAUGGAAAGCAUUUGACACUCCGAGAAGUCUUCGAGAGUAUUAACCUCACAGCCUAUGAUUUGAGCAUCGAUACCCUUGACAUGCACGCACACACCGACUCCUUCCAUCGCUUCGAUAAGUUUAACCUGAAAUAUAACCCUAUCGGGGAGUCUCGACUGCGAGAAAUAUUCCUCAAGACCGACAAUUAUAUCAAAGGCCGAUACCUGGCGGAAAUUACUAAAGAAGUAAUUUCCGACCUUGAAUCGAGCAAGUACCAGAUGGCCGAAUGGCGCAUUUCUAUCUACGGUCGCUCCAUGGAUGAAUGGGACAAGCUUGCCGCUUGGGUUGUAGACAAUAAGCUGUUUUCUCCCAAUAUCCGAUGGCUAAUCCAGGUUCCACGAUUGUAUGAUGUUUACAAGUCGAACGGUAUUGUUGAUGACUUUGACGCUAUCAUCCAGAAUGUCUUCCAGCCGUUGUUCGAGGCGACACAAGACCCGAACAGCCACCCGAAGUUGCAUGUCUUUUUGCAGAGGGUUGUCGGAUUCGAUAGUGUCGACGACGAAAGCAAGGCUGAGCGGCGACUCUACCGCAAGUUUCCAAUUCCCAAGCAAUGGAACACUAAGCAGAAUCCGCCAUAUAGCUACUGGAUCUACUUCAUGUUUGCAAAUAUGGCGUCGUUGAAUACCUGGAGGAAACGACGUGGUUUCAAUACCUUUGUACUGAGACCGCACUGCGGAGAGGCGGGUGAUCCUGACCACCUUGCAUCCGCGUUCCUUUGCUGCUUCGGAAUCAGCCAUGGCAUUCUGCUUCGCAAAGUGCCAUUGCUGCAGUAUUUAUUCUACCUUGACCAGAUCGGGAUUGCCAUGUCUCCAUUGAGCAACAAUGCACUCUUCCUUACCUAUGAGAGGAACCCCUUCGCUACAUUUUUUAGAAGGGGUUUAAACGUGUCACUCUCCACGGACGACCCGUUACAGUUUGCUUUUACCAAGGAGCCACUGAUUGAGGAAUAUGCCGUUGCAGCGCAAAUAUAUAAAUUUAGCGCCGUGGACAUGUGUGAGCUGGCAAAGCAUUCUGUUGACCACAGUGGGUUUGAAUUAAGCCUGAAGCAGAGAUGGUUAGGGCAGAACUGCCAUUUACCAGGUGUGGCUGGUAACAAUAUGGCCAAAAGCAAUGUCCCUAAUAUCAGGGAGGCGUUUAGACACGAGACUCUACUCGGAGAACUUGGCUUGAUGGAGAGAUAUGCUUCCAGGCCGGCAACCCAGCCGCAAACGCCGAAGAUCGUGGCGCUUAAUAAACAGCGGCAAGCCACGCAGGCUCCGUCGCCAAGCUUGUCUAGCAAGACCAGCUCUGCCAGCGUUCCAGCAACUUCACUCCCCCAACCGUCCUCGAACCAAGGCGGAUAUGAGUCUGUAGGUAAUGCAUCGUCCCCCAAUUUUCCAACGAACUCUGCACGGUUGCCUCCCGGGGCGCCACAUACGGAUUCAUACACACAGACCAAUGCGGCCGCUGCCAAUCAUAACAACGUCAAUACCCAGGGUAUCCAACAGCAACAAAGCUGGGACAUGAAGCAGACGUGGCCCUCUUUAGUGACCUCCGCGCCUGCGCAGGUCACAUCUGUUCCACAGGAGGUGGUUUCACCAUCCGGCCUAACAGGACCAUUGAUGGAGCAGAGAAUCUUCCCUGGGAUAGUGCAUGCGCGGGUGAGACGCAACAGCAGCUUGCAUGAUGUCGACGAAGCUGCGGGCAUCAGUCAGGAAACGACUAUAGAGGAGGAGAAAUCGAACGAAGAUCAGAGUAACGGGGACGAUGUCGACGAGGAUGACAGUCCUCAGUUUGAAGAGCAGCAACCAGCGUGGCUGAGGGUGGAGGAUCACGAUGACGAUGAAUAA